ACCACUUCUAGAACCUUCCCACAGGGGUCGCUCUUCUCCUUUUCAGACUCUGGGGCCGCUGCUCACCAGAGAUCCUCCCCGAAGCCGUGGUCGCCACAGGCUCAGAGGAGACAAAGUUCUAGAAGGCAGAUCCAAUGCAGGUAACAUCAAAGGCUGGUGGAGUGAACACAUCUGACAUGAGGCUCCUGCUGGCUUUGUUCCUGUUCGUGGCCCUGAGCCUGGGCCUGCAGCAUGUGGAGACAGAUAACCGGACCAAAAGGCAAGAUGCUCUUAUGUGUCACAUCUGUGAAAGUGAGAAUAACUUUGGCUGUUCAAACCGGGGGAAUUGUGCAGUACAUGAAAAGUAUUGUGUAAUCGUUGUCACAAAAAUACUUCGACGUUUCUUCAUUGUUUCAAAGCAGUGUGUUGCUUAUUGUCCAGCUGUUCAGACCUUUGCCUCUGAACCUGCCAAGCCAUUUUUACUGGAAAAGCCCAUGCCCUUCCUAUACAUAAGAUGCUGUACAGAAUCUUUAUGCAAUAUGGAGGGACCUGAUGUCUCAGAAGACACAUUCCGAGAGCAGGUUGGAAGAGCCUACAAGAAGAAGUGCAGCCACAUAGUGUCCACCCUCCUCACAGUCUUGUCCACUGCCUUUGCAGGCUUGGGCAAGCUCUGAGAUGCAGGGACCUGUGCUGUCUUCUGUAGCAUGAAUUCACUGCUGAUUGUCAGCACCUGUUGCAUUAA